AUGGCCGUGGCGGCCGCCACGUACGCGGUCCCCCUGCCCGAGCGGCUGAGCGACGGCGACUUCCAGGUCUACAGGAACGCCGGCAAGUACACGCGCCUCAUGACCGGGUACGCACCCCCCUUCGACGGCGUCAAGACCCUCCACGACCUGUGGGAGAGCACGUGCAGCAGGCACUCGGACGAGGAGUGCCUGGGCACCCGCGACGUCGCCCCCGACGGGACGCCCGGCGCGUACCGGUGGAUGACCUACGCUCAGCUGCACGAGCGACGAGCCGCGUGCUCGUCCGGGUACGUCGCCCUCGGUUUGAAGCCCGGCGAUCACGUCGGGAUGUACUCGGUCAACACCGCGGAGUGGUGCGUGCUGGACUCGGCGAUGACACGCAACGCGAUGGUCUCCGUGCCCCUCUACGAUACCCUCGGGCCCGACGCGGUUCGGUUCAUCUGCAACCACGCGGAGCUCGCCGCAGUGUGCGUGUCACACGCGUGCCUGCCCGUGAUGCUGGGGUGCCUCGCGGAGUGCCCCACGGUCAAGCUCCUGGUCGUUUACGCGCACGGGGGUAAGCCCCUGCCGCCGAUCCCCUCGGGGGCGGGACACCGGUGCGAGGUUGUGACGAUCGAGCAGCUGGAGGCGGAGGGGCGGCGGCGGCCCGUCGCGCCGGUUCCACCGCGGGAGGAGGCGAUGGCGACGAUCUGCUACACGAGCGGGACCACCGGCGAUCCGAAGGGCGUUAUGCUGACCCAUCGCAACCUCAUCUCCAACGCGGCCGCCUACGCCGACGACCUCGACCUCGGCCCCGGCGACGUGCACGUCUCAUACCUGCCCCUCGCGCACAUCUACGAGCGCGUCACCAUGCUGGUGUGCCUCUUCGCGGGAGCCAAGGCCGGGUUCUUCCGCGGCGACGUGCUCGGCCUGCUGGACGAUAUCGCGGAGUUGAAGCCCACGGUGUUCUGCUCGGUGCCCAGGCUGUGGAACCGCAUUUACGACAAGGUUCACGCGGGCAUCCGGGAGGGCGGUUUCGUGAAACAGAAGAUGUUUGCCAUCGCAUACGCCGCCAAGAAGAAGGCUCUGGAGGAGGGCAGGCCCCCGCCCGCCAUCUGGGAGAAGAUCGUCUUCUCCAAGCUCAGGGAUAAGUUGGGCGGUCGCGUCCGGUACAUGUCCACGGGCAGCGCGCCCAUCUCCGCGCAGGUGAUGGAGUUUCUGCGGGUGUGCUUCGGCGGCACCGUGUUUGAAGGCUACGGCAUGACAGAGUCCGCGUGCGUCAUCAGCAAGACUCACGAGGGCGACUUUAGCUGCGGGCACGUGGGUUCCCCCGUGCCGUGCUGCGAGAUCAAGCUCGAGAGCGUGUCCGAAAUGAACUACACCACCUCGGAUAGGCCCUACCCCCGCGGCGAGGUUUGCGUGCGGGGCCCGAGCGUGUUCAAGGGUUACUACAAGGCGCAGGACAAGACGGACGAGGUCAUCGACAACGAGGGGUGGCUGCACACGGGCGACAUCGGCCUGUGGCUGCCCGGCGGCAGGCUCAAGAUCAUCGACCGCAAGAAGAACAUCUUCAAGCUGGCGCAGGGCGAGUACGUCGCGCCCGAGAAGAUUGAGAACGUCUAUGCGCGAAGCAAGUUUGUCGCGCAGAGCUUCGUCCACGGCGACUCGUUGAUGCCGUCGCUCGUCGCCGUGGUCGUCCCGGACGAGGAGGUUCUCCUCCCGUGGGCCGCGAAAAGCGGGCACCCGGCGGGCGGUGACUUCAAGAGGCUCUGCGCGGACCCGGCCGUGGCGAAGAUGGUUCACCAGAGCAUGCUCGCGGUGGGCGAGGGCGCGGGCCUCAAGGGGUUCGAGCAAGUCAAGGCUGUGCACCUCCACCCGGAGCUGUUCAGCGUCGAGAACGGGCUCUUCACCCCGACGUUCAAGCUGAAGCGACCCCAGGCCAGGGCCGCGUUCCAGGCGGACAUCGACAGGAUGUACGCCGGACUCGGUUGA